AUGAUUUCUUCUUCUGCUUCUUCUUCUUCUUAUGGCGACAUCCGCGAUCAUCCGUGCAGAAAACGCAAGAGAGCUCCCAUGGAUCCAACCGAAAGGCGCUCAUGCCCCGACCUUCCUACGGAUAUUCUCUACGAGAUCGGCAAUCGCCUCGACACCCGCAUGAACGUCCUCCGCUUCCGUAGCGUCUGCUCUUCCUUCCGCUCCGCCAUCCCCGCGCCCCCCCGCCGCGAGGCCUCGCGAUUCCCUCUCCGAAUCCAGCCCGACCUCUUCCUCCGCGCGAGCACGGUCUACGCCCUCGAGACGCCGGACGGGGCCGCCGGCUCCGGCCGCCCGCAGUGGCUGCUGAUGCUCGAGGAGUCGGCGGAGCCCGGUUGUAUGAUGAUCCUCAGCCUCUACUCACAGCGGAGGAUUGCGCACAUGCUCCACAAGUUCCCGAAGGUACUCGAUUCUCGCCAAUCCCGAAUGGUUGAAAUCUGUAGACAAUACACGCUCCAUUAUAGCUAUAGAACCGAAGGCCGCCUCUUUCAAGGUGUACAGAAAGCAGUGAUGCAUCCGGAUGCCGUAGGUUCUGAUUCAGAUCAAUGUUCGGUUUAUUUCAUUGAUGAAGGUGGGGAAUUAGGUUGUUGGAAAUACGGGGAUGAGAAUUGGAGCUAUUUAGAGGUUGAUGGCAGCGACAUCGACCAGUAUGAUGACAUCGUAGCGUAUGAUGGCAAAGUCUGGGUCGUUGAUUCCGUCGGACAGAUUUUGCAGCUUCAGACAUCUUUCAGACUUCGAAGUUUCUCACUGCCGAUCUACGACAUUGGCGGUUGCCGCCGUCGCCUCUUCGACUGCUUUUCGAGGCGUUUGGUGGUAUCGGGCGGUGAUCUUUACAUAGUGUGCAGAUACACUAGCGAUGGUCCAUGUAGCCGUGGCUCGCCGGAAAAGACAAGUCAUUAUGAAGUCUUUAGAUUGGAUCAGCGACGUGCGAGAUGGGAGGAGGUGAGGAGCUUGGGCGAUUCGGCUUUCUUUCUCUGCAACUGCUGCUCGUUCGCAGUCCCGGCGCGCGAGCUCGACGGGCAUGGCGAGGGGAAUUGCAUCUACCGCGCGGAGAUUCGUUGCAUCAACUUUGAGGUGUUCAACUUGGCGAAUCGUAGCCUCAAGUGGGCGGACUAUUCUGACUUCCGGAUUGGUUUAUUGCGUUGA